AUGACUGUACCUCUGCCCCCUGAAAUCUUACACCUGAUCGCAACAUUUCUGAAAAACGAUGGGACUUCGCUAGUCCCCUGCACUUGUGUUUGUCGCCUCUGGCAGAGGAAUUUUGAGUCCUUUAUUUACUCCAGUCUGAUUGUCUAUAGUGACGAUGAGCACAAAGAAGAGGACCAACCCGGAAUUUCUCUUGCAGAUUUCCAAAGGCUCACAUCUGGUGAUGGUGUUCGAAGGCAAGCCUGGAUCCGAAAUCUUGACUACAAUAUCCUUGUCCCUUACGAACUCUUGGAUUGGACUACACGCAAAGAGUGGAAGGAACCCGAAGCUUACUGUAUCGAAAACCCUGUGAGGAAGGCCAAUGAUCUAGCUUUUCAGACGGCUAUGCUCAGCCUUUUCCACACACUUCACUCAUGGGCGUCGAAUCAGACGCCCUAUCUGAAACUGAAUCUAGCCGUUCGAGGGCGGCCAAGUGGCCCUGCACCGGAACCACGCACCGAGGACUGGGACAUCGCCGGUGAAUAUUGUUGGGAUUAUAAAACAGGACGUACAUUCUCCGUCCCCCCGUAUCGGGCGCAGUUUCUCAACAAUGAUUUACCAUUUGCUCCAUGCAUUGAGAAGCUCUCGUUCAAAAACCAUGAUCCCGGCUGGGGCGACCAUCAUCAAAUUUGGACGGGUGCAGUACAAACUAUUAUUCAACACUGCCCGAAACUUGUUCAAUUAGAGCUGAAUCUUAACGAAUGGGUUCGUCCGGACCACCUGGAGUAUAUACAAUUACGUCGUGCAGCAUUAUCUUCUCUUAUCGGUUCUAUUCCAAGGAGCCUAAGAGUGCUACAAUAUGAAGGACCGGAAGACAGUCCAUGGAAAUAUUCCAUGCCUGCGCUCGAUGUCAUCCCUUCGGGAGUUGAUAGCAUGAGCAUAAAUUUGCGACAUCUGAGCGUUCAUCUCGAAGAAUUGAAGUUGAAUAACACUCGUGUUCCAUACGACUUUAUGUGUCCUCUGGAUGAAACAGGCCAGCCCGAACCAGACUCUUUACAUUUGAAUUGGCCUAAUCUGAAGACAUUGGAGAUUGAGUUUGUGCCAUCCUGCUAUCCUUCAGGGGAAACAACUUUCCACCACACGCCGGAGGCCCAGACAGCAAUCGACAAGAUAGAGGACUGGGAAAAGGAAAUAUGCGAUGUUGAGGCGGGAUGGGGAUUACCGGAAUUGAGAACCGAGGAAUAUUUCCAUCGGCUUCUCAUAUCGCUUGGCCAUGCGGCCCGACGUAUGCCUUGUUUGAAGAGUAUGAAAUUCGAAGUGGAAGGCCAUUCUGCGACUGAGUUCAAGCUCUAUUGUCAGAAUAAUACUGACAUCACAUUGGGAUGGGAAUGUUAUCCACUGGAACCAUAUCGACCAGAUAACCGGGUUGCGAAGGCUUGGAACUUCGACUUGCAUGAUGUGAGAGCUCACCCUCGGUGGGAGGGUGAAGCUUCUGUGAUACUUCGAAGCUGGCCUCCUGACAUGCCUAUCCAGGCCGCUCAGUAG